GAUGUACUUGCACACAAAUCUAGCUUGCUGUCUCAAUGAGGACUGUUCGAGCACUGCAGAGAUUAAGAGGAGUCCUUGUCCGCCCUUGUCCACCACCAUUAUUUGUUAGAUCAUGGAGCGUGGCACAGAGCCAAAGUUUCUCAAGCAGCUCAGCAGAGAAACCAAUGCCAGGAAACUCGAUGCUCAGACACCUAACCUCCAAGAUCAAAGCCACAGGUCCUAUCUCAGUGGCAGAGUACAUGAGAGAGGUUCUUACCAACCCAGUCAUGGGCUAUUAUGUGCAGAAUGAUAUGCUUGGGCCAGAUGGAGAUUUCAUCACAUCACCAGAAAUUAGUCAGAUAUUUGGGGAGUUGCUGGGGAUCUGGUGUUUGAGUGAGUGGAUGGGAGCAGGGAAGCCCAGUCGCUUCCAGUUAGUGGAGUUUGGGCCCGGAAGAGGCUCCUUAGCCAAUGACAUUCUCAGAGUUUUCAGUCAGCUGCGUGGGGCCCUGGGUGGGGCUGCAGUCUCAGUGCACCUGGUGGAGGUGAGUCCUAAGCUGAGCCAGGUCCAGGCCCAGUUUCUAACAGGAGACCAGAGCCAGGUGUCAGCCAGCGAGGAUGAGCCUGUGUACCGCCAGGGAACCACCACCACAGGCCUCCCCAUCUCCUGGUACCGCAACCUGGAUGAUGUCCCCAGAGGCUUCAGCAUCUACCUCGCUCAUGAGUUCUUUGAUGCCUUACCCAUCCACAAAUUCCAGGGAACAGAGAAGGGCUGGAGGGAGGUGAUGGUGGAUAUUGACCCAGAUGAGCCAGGUAAGCUGAGGCUUGUCAUAGUGCCAGCUCCCACUCUGGCCUCUACUCAACUCAUACAGGCAGAUGAAAAGAGACGGCACGUGGAGGUCUGCCCGGAGGGAGGGGUCAUCGUCCAGCGCCUAGCCAAUCGGAUCACCGAGGAUGGGGGUGCUGCACUGAUUGCUGACUACGGGCACGACGGGACCAAGAUGGACACGUUCAGAGGUUUUAAAGGUCAUAAGCUCCAUGAUGUCCUAGCCUCUCCCGGCUCUGCUGACCUGACUGCUGAUGUGGACUACAGUUACCUGAGGAGGAUGGCUGGAGCUACGGUGGCCUGCAUGGGCCCUGUCUCUCAGAAAGACUUCCUGAAAAAUAUGGGAAUCGAUACACGCUUACAGGUGCUGCUGAGGAACUGUGCAGACCCGUCCACAAGGGCCCAGUUGAUCCAGGGCUAUGACAUGCUGACCAACCCCCUGAAGAUGGGCGAGAGGUUCCAGUUCUUCACCAUGCUCAACCACAGUCGGCUCACCAGGCCCGAGCCUGAGCAGUCCAAGGGGGGGAAGAAGAUGGCCCCAGUGCCCAAGAAGGGCCCAGCGCCCCUGCCUGUGGCUGGCUUCAGUGAGCUUGGCCUUUCGUAAAGAACAGACCCACAAACCUGGCAUUGCAAGCGCCAUGCUCUACCAUCUGAGCCACACAGGAUUAUAUACACAAGACCCGCGGAAGCAAUAGGGUUUGGUCUGACUGUGGUGUGAGUUUGGUUUGAAAAGUUGAACUGAAGUGCUGAUAAAAUCCUAAGAAUGAUGUACCUUGCCUCACUGAGGGAAGAUGGUGGUUGCCAUCUUUCUCUAUCAUCUACAUGUUCAUUAGACCAACAUAUAAUUCCAAGUAGUAGACAAUGUAACUUUGAUCAGUUAGAAGAACGUCACUCAAGGUCACAGUGUCUGAAGCUGUAGGAAACCAUUCAUGGCCCUUGGCCACGUGGUGCCUGGCUGUCUCCACAUCUUGAAGCAAUCUGGUGAACGUGGAGUUAGUAGAUAGCGUAUGCAUCCCAGAUGACAUCCUAUAUAGUGCACUACUUUUGAACAGAGCCUUAUGGGCCCGGGUCAAAUGUUGUGCACUACAUAGGCAAUAGGGUGUCAUUUGGGACACAGUCAGCCACUCACAGCAUGCUGUGUUUUGCUCUGACAGGCUCUCCCUCACUGCACCAGUAGCAAUUAAAGGAUACUAUUACACAGGCCGAUUACCGUAGCCAUAAUAACCAGCCCAAAAAACUGAGCGAUCCUAACAUAAAGCUAUCAUAAGACUGAAUGAUUAAAAGUCAUUACAAAACAUUUUCCGGUGUAUAUUAUCGUUCUCUUUGUCUUGGAACCACAUACUGUGCUAAGUAUUUUCAUACGAUUAAGACUGAAAAUAUUCUGGCAUUAAUCCAGUGUAUGAGCAUAUUUACAUUUUGAAAGAAAUCUUAGAAGAUUUCUUAGAAAGGCAACAGAAAUGUUUUCCUGCUCAAACUUGUAGAGCGAUAGGAAGCAUUUUCUGGGGCCAUCUAUAGGCCUCAACAUAUGGUGCUAUCGUUACACAGCAGUAGUUAGCCAUUUAUUUUCUUCCCCAGCCACAAACAGCUCUGUUCAUCUAACAUAUGGCACAAUGAAAUGUGGCAGGCUACACUGGCACGGUGACAGUUGGAUUUAACUACACAGAUUAGAGACAUAAAGAGAGCUCUUUACCCCAGUACUUCUGGCUCUGUUGGUUGUCUCCCAAAUGGUACCCUAUUCCCCAUAUAGGGCCCUGAUUAAAAGUCGUGCACUACAUAGGGAAUAGGGUCCCAUUAGGGAUGCAGGCGUCCCAUAGUUUCCUUAGUCCCUCAACUAAUUAAAUGAUCAAGAAUACUUGCUCGUUUUAAAAACGUCACUAAAAUAGGAUGCAUUUGUGUGUUAUGUUGUAUGGCCUAUCUUACGCAGGUAAUGGUUCACUGUCGUUUCCAUGAGUUCUCUUACAUAAAGGUAGAAUAUCUUCCUUUGUCUGGAACACCGCAAUAUAAUCUGAUAAACAAGACCAAGGGGACACGAGCUGCAAAUGAAAUAAGUAGUACAUUCUCUACGGUACUGUCCGAGGCAUUUAUUUAUUAUUAGAUAUGUGAAUAUUGAAACAUAGAAAACAUUGACAUCUGCCAAUCCAGUGGCAGCACAGACUAAAUGAAUCUCAGGUUGAAGUCAUCACCCUGCUAUGUGUGCUUUGUACUGAACAUACAGUAUGGAAAACAUCAUACCACAACAUUGUUUCACAAUCCAAAGGGGUGGAUUGAGACUGAAAAUAGACUAAUACCAAAAUAGGGAGUGUGAAGACAACAUAUUGGAAUUUCAAUUGAGUCAUUUGGUGUUUUCAUAAAACAACAAUCAUCAUCCCUGUCCCUGCACACAACAUUUCAGUCAUUUGAUACUAUAAAUUAAAUGAAUGCAUUCAUUGUAUUCUGUAUUGUCAUUAAUAUGUAACUGGGUUAGUAUCCUGCAUAUGACUGCACUUGGUUCCAUUGGUGUCAGCCAGUGGUGUCAAACGUUCUAUUUGAUUUAAAAUGUGUUUGUAUGUCAACCGCUAUUAGCAUGGACAAGCUGUGAGGUCAUCAUUCAAACGGACGUGCCCAUGUUUUGGGAUGGGAGAAACACCAAACAAAGCCAAAAUGUGGCACACACACAAAUGAUGGAUUUCUGUCUUCAACCAACAUGUUGGCUUGUUUGACAUAGUACAUGUUGGCUUGUUUGACAUAUUACAUGUUGGCUUGUUUGACAUAGUACAUGUUGGCUUGUUUGACAUAUUACAGAGUACUCAGUCCAUUUAUCUGCUGUUGGCUUGUUUGACAUAGUACAGAGUACUCAGUCCAUGUAUCUGCUGUUGGCUUGUUUGACAUAUUACAGAGUACUCAGUCCAUUUAUCUGCUGUUGGCUUGUUUGACAUAUUACAGAGUACUCAGUCCAUGUAUCUGCUGUUGGCUUGUUUGACAUAGUACAGAGUACUCAGUCCAUGUAUCUGCUGUUGGCUUGUUUGACAUAGUACAUGUUGGCUUGUUUGACAUAUUACAUGUUGGCUUGUUUGACAUAGUACAUGUUGGCUUGUUUGACAUAUUACAUGUUGGCUUGUUUGACAUAUUACAUGUUGGCUUGUUUGACAUAUUACAUGUUGGCUUGUUUGACAUAUUACAUGUUGGCUUGUUUGACAUUACAUGUUGGCUAGUUUGACAUAUUACAUGUUGGCUUGUUUGACAUAUUACAUGUUGGCUUGUUUGACAUAUUACAUGUUGGCUUGUUUGACAUAUUACAUGUUGGCUUGUUUGACAUAUUACAUGUUGGCUUGUUUGACAUAUUACAUGUUGGCUUGUUUGACA